UGUCUCUGAACAGGAAGUCGUGCUUUUCGUGUCUCCCCCGUCAAUGCUGCAUUCAUUUUCACUCAGACUGUGACGAUGGAGGCUGUACAAAAGGAUAACUGGUACUUCGUGGCACUUCUAAUUUCUCUCUCUUUUCUCAAAGUUUCGGAGCAGCUGAAGUCCCCGAGCAGCACGGUGACACUUCAGAAUGGGAUGCUGUUGAACUGCACAUGUCCCUGGACUGGUAAACUGGUCAUGGUGACAUGGACUAAGGGAGUUAAUUCGUCUCCCCUCGCUGUUUAUCACCCCGAUUACGGCGUCAAUUUUAAUUCUGCUUAUGACGGUAGAGUCGAGUUCAUCAAUAUAUCGGCCAUGGAUGGCAGCAUCAGAGUAACGAACGUUACCGAAGAAGACGAGGGUGUGUAUCAGUGUUCAAUGCAGACGUUUCCUCAAGGGUCAUGGAGCAAAGAAACACUGGUGAAAAAACAAGUCACCCCCACCUUCUCCCAGAACCCCAACACUACACUUAACGUUUCUGAAAACGAAGGCGUGACCAUCAGCUGUAGUCACAAUGACCUGGUGGACGAAGUCAGCUUGGAGAGGAUAGAGGGAGCGGACGGGACGGGCAGGCUGUUAGCAGUGUGUAGGAAGAACGAUGACGUGCAGCAGUUUGUUUCUGGUGUAAAGGUGAACUGCACCGACGAGAUGGUGAUGGAGGUCCGUUUCAACAGCGUGACCCGAGAUGACGCUGGGAUUUAUCGCUGUAACUUCAGCAUGGAUGCCGAGGUUUCUACCAGCCUUAUCCUGCUCAGGAUGUUCUCCAGUCCCAAAGGUUUCAUUGAUGUCCAGCACAAGUGGUAUAUUUACACUGGAGGAGGAGUAGCAGGUGCACUCGUCCUGAUGAGCGUCGCACUUUUAUUUAUGUGGAGAAGCAGGAGGAAGGUGAGGAGACUGGAGUACAGGCCCCAGUUACCGACCACCAAAAGACAGCAUAUUUACACUAACGACCAAGGACGAGUGUAUGACAGGAUGAAAAAGACAACGAGGAACCAAAGAAAGAACAAUCCGAUAUACGUCAACCUUCAACAGGCGAGAGCACAGAAGAAGGGGAAAAGAGGAUGAAAGACGACCUUUUCAAGUUUACACUGAAGAGGGGGAAAAAAAAACCCUGCUGAAUAUGUCAUGACCUCAUUUGACCUCAGUGAUUAGUCUUUGAUGGACAGUUAAUGAGAUCAUACUGCCUUUGAGUGAGGAAGGAAGAGACACUGGAAAAUGUCCAAGCCACAGGAGGCGUAUUAUGAUUUCAUAGAAAGAUGAGUUAAAAAAAAUAUAUAAAUAAUAAAAAGCAACUUCAUUUUAUGAAACAGAUGGGACGCUGAUAUCCCGUGGCCUCUUGAGAUGAUGACUUAGCUGCACGUUUAAUAUUGUACUGAUGAAUUCCUUCAGUCUAAUUAAUCAGCAGGUGUUGAUUAUUUUUCAAUAACAGCAGCUCUGAACGGAACCCUUGCUGCCAUUCAGAUACAUUAUGGUUGCCAUAGUAACGCCACACACCGGCACUUGCGUGGUGGACGCUUUAUAUAAACGUGUUUUAACGUGUGUAUUGAUACGAUCUGAUGCAUGGAGAGCUUUAUAAUUCCUUGGUUUAACAGGAGUUCGCUUGUUUCUCAGAUAUUCCACAACGUUAAACGCAAUGACAAAUCAAUCAAUACAAUUGUAAUAAAUGGCAAAUUGCUGUGGUAUAAGACGAUUCAGGAUGUGUGUUAAUAGGGUAGUGAUGGCAUAACUGACAUGCUGUCAAGUUACUGUACAUCACAUCGCCGUGUCCUUGACUGUUACUUUAUAACCCCACCCACUUUAGUGUAUUAUUCCCUAAUUAUUAUAAUGCUAACCUAGUUUUCACAAAUUCCCAAAUGAAUGUUUGUGCAUCAAUUACACUUGGGGAGUUUUUUUUUAUUUAUUUAUAUCUAUUUCCUUCCCCAUGUUCCUCAUGUAAUCUUUUAUUAAUUAGACUAAUUUUCUACUUUAUUAUGUGUAACUUUUUUCUCUUUCUGAAACACACUUGAGCCCUAUUUAAGCGGCUUUUGCUUUUAUACGUACAGAAAUGGGGAAACGAUCUCUGAAGAUGCGGUGAUGAGAGAACAACAUUUACAGUGUCCGUGGUGGAAGAUGAACUGGCUCAAUGUGUUAAACUUAUUCACAGAUUUGAGUUUAAAACAGCUGGCUGUAAUGUGAAUUAUUUGGGUUUUUCGA